CACACUUCUAUCCAUCAACAAACGCACCAAUGCCCUUCCCCUUUAAGAAACAGAAACCCAAACCCAAUAAUGGUAAAGAUAAAAAGGACACACUAAAGUUGGUGCCAAUAGGCUUCUCUUAUUAAAUGCUACCCUCUCUCUCUAUUCAAAAUUCAAAUUCUCCCUUUUCUUUUGCUUCCAAAUUUUAAAGUGAAAAAAACAAACAAGACCUUGCAGGGAUGAAGCAUUGCUGAAAGAUGAGCACAGCCAGGUUCAUUAAGUGUGUCACAGUUGGUGAUGGUGCUGUUGGAAAGACCUGCAUGCUUAUCUCUUACACCAGCAACACAUUCCCCACGGAUUAUGUUCCUACGGUUUUCGACAAUUUCAGUGCAAAUGUUGUGGUUGAUGGCAGCACAGUUAACCUCGGAUUGUGGGACACUGCUGGACAGGAAGAUUACAACAGGCUUAGGCCAUUGAGUUACAGAGGAGCAGAUGUGUUCUUGCUGGCCUUUUCCCUCAUCAGCAAAGCCAGCUAUGAGAAUAUAUCUAAAAAGUGGAUUCCUGAACUGAGGCACUAUGCUCCAAAUGUGCCAAUUGUACUAGUGGGAACCAAACUUGAUUUGAGGGAAGACAAACAGUAUUUCAUUGAUCAUCCUGGUGCCACAGCUAUAACUACUGCCCAGGGAGAAGAACUGAAGAAGGCAAUUGGUGCUGCUGUGUACAUAGAAUGCAGCUCCAAGACUCAGCAGAAUGUAAAGGCUGUGUUUGAUGCUGCAAUCAAGGUUGUUUUGCAGCCACCUAAGUCCAAGAAAAAAGGAAAGAAGAAGAACACUCCUUGUGUUUUCCUCUGAGUCAAGUUGUUCAAUUGCAGUUGCCACCUAAGUCCACAUAAAUUCUCACUCUGUAACAUUCAGAUCCUUCUUCCAGGGUUUUUUUUCCCUUUUGUUUGAUUUCAUAAAUAGCUCUGCAAACUCUAUACUAUAGUGUUCUACAGCAGGUCUACUUGUAAAAUUGAAUAUGAAAUGAUGCAAGGGUUUGCGUAAUUAUUUAAUAUGAAAUGAUGAUGGGUUGGAUUUGAACACAGCAGUUUUAGCCCACAUAACUUCAAUAAAGAAAG